UGGAAAUGAGCUUUUGGUUACAUUUUGUUUUUGUGCUUUUGUGUUUGGAGUGUUUUUUUUGGAGCAUUUAUUUAUUUAUUACACAUUUUCUGGCAGACCUGCAUGGAAAGGUGGCGUAGAGGCGUAGAGCGAGGAAGAGAGCGCGAGAGAGAGCGAGAGAGCACGAGAAAGCAAGCUUGGCAGGAAGCUGCACAGCGCUGGUUAACGGCUUGAAAUAGAGGCAGGGCGCUGACACUACGCUCUGCUGCGUUCCCUGUCCAGCCACUUUAUACAAGGAAUACAUCUGGGCACAAGAACCUGACCAGAAUUAAAUUAUUCAUAGGAAAGCCUCAAAGUACUUUAUGAUUUUUACAGAUGUAUUCCAAAGUUGAACCAGAGGACAUGAAACUAAAGAGGGUUUAAUGAACUUGAGAGUGAAGCGCCUUCAUGCAUUUGGCUUCGUGCUGAGGCAGAAGCUGAACUCUGAAAAAGCUGACUUGGAUGCUGAAGAAGCUGAAAUCUGAAGAAACUGUUCUCUGUUAAAGCUGGACUCUGAAGAAGAUGAACUCGACUCUGUAGAAGCUGGACUCUGUAGAAGCUGGACUCUGUAGAAGCUGAACAUUGAGUUCCUCAGACUGUAAUGCCAGCUUUGGAUGUUGCUCCAUCUCGGGCCUAACUUGAGGCUGACUUGAAUGCUGAAGAAGCGGGACUCUGUAGAAGCUGGACUCUGAAUCAGUGGAACUCUCUAGAUAAUAAACUCUGUAGAAGCUGGACGCUGAGGAAGCUGGACUCUGAAGAAUCUGGACUCUGAAGCAGUGGAACUCUGUAGAUAAUAAACUCUGUAGAAGCUGGACGCUGAAGAAGCUGGACUCUGUAGAAGCUGGACGCUGAGGAAGCUGGACUCUGAAGCAGUGAAACUCUGUAGAAUCUGGAUGCUACGGAAGCUGGAUGCUAAGGAAGCUGGACACUAAGGAAGCUGGACGCUAAGGAAGCUGGACGCUGAAGAAGCUGGACGCUGAGGAAGCUGGACUCUGAAGCAGUGGAACUCUGUAGAAGCUGAACAUUGAGUUCCUCAGACUGUAAUGCCAGCUUCAGGUGUUGCUCCAUCUCGGGCCGAGAGCCGGAGGCUCUCUUGGGCAGUUGCUCUUCUGAUCUUGGCUGCCAUCACCUCAUCCUCCCUGUCGGCUCUGUCUCUGUACCAUGUGCUGGCUCUGCAGGCCGAGGUGGAGGGGCUGAGGACUGAGGUGAGCCGCAGGCGAGAGGAGCAGAGGAGUGCCCUGGAUGAAGGUGUGAGAGGAGCUCAGUCUCAGCAGCAGCAGCAGGAGGAGGAGGAGGAUGACCGGAACAAAGCCGAGACUAGCAGUGUGGUGCCCACUGAGCUGGAGAUGAGUGUUUCUGGGGGGCAGCAGGAUCAGCCAAGCUUAAAGAAGAGAAGUCUGGGAAGUGAGUCAGGUCAAUCAGCAUUUCAGCCCUGCCUGCAGAUGAUGGCAGACAGCAAGAGGGAAGUCUUUCAGAAAGAGUUUGCACUGGAGAAACACACAGGAGUUCCGUGGCAGACGGGUCUGAAGCGAGGCUCAGCUCUGGAACAGUAUCAGGACAGCAUCCUGGUUAAAGAAGAGGGCUAUUUCUUCAUCUACAGUCAGGUCUACUACAAAGACUCCACGUUUGCUAUGGGUCACAUAGUGAUCCGAAUCAAGAAGAACGUGGUUGGAGAUGAAAAUCAACAUGUUGUUCUGUUCCGCUGCAUCCAGAGCAUGAAUUUGAAGGUUCCCUAUAACACAUGCUACACUGGAGGGCUGGUGAAGCUGGAAGUUGGUGACCGUCUGGAGCUGCUCAUACCUCGCUCCACAGCAAACAUCUCUCUGGAUGGAGACUCUACCUACCUGGGAGCUAUCAAACUGUACUGACCUGUCAGAAAGUAAUGGAAACCUGGGGAAGACUUGAGUCUGAAGAAGUACUGUACUCUGGAAGAGUGGAUUCUGAAGUUGUUGUACACCUAAAACUUUCACUGGUAGGACGGAUAAAUACAGAAUACUGGAUACAGAAGGAAUGGUCUAAAUGGAACUGAAUGAAAACUUCUUGGAUGUUUCUUUAAGUUAAAGUGGGAGGACACUGACUGGCUGAUGUUGGCCGUGCUUUGGUGGUAGUAGUUAAGAAACUGCUUCUGCAGGCCUGGUGAUGAGUGUGGCUCAGCUUUGUCAGCAAGAAUCUGGAACAGGAACAGUUUCGGUUAAGAGUGUCAAGAGCUGAACUUUCUCAGAACUUUUUCCCUAUUUGAACCCUCUACUAAUUCUGGGUAUGAUGGUUUGUUAUGACAACAACAAAAUGCAAGCUGCCUACUGUCGGACUUGAGACUGUGGAAAAAAUAUAUAUAAAUAUAUACUGCUAGAAAGUCAUCAGUAGGCCAGACACUCCGAGGUGUGAAGUGAGAUGAGUUUUGUUCUCUGUACGCAUAAUGUUGCUUUCUCUGACUCAGCGUUCUCGCUCGGUUUGUACUGCAGUGACGGCGGAUAGCGUAUGUGUGAACUGAAAGCGACAGCAAGGUUUUUUUUCCCCGCCUUAAAAAAAAUUGUAAAGUUGAACAGUUCUGCUUAUUCAGCAGUUAUCAUUUUGUCAGUUAUAUAUAUUGUGAUAAAUUGCAUCAUGUAAAAAUGUACAAUAUGUCGCAGUAUGAUGAACUCCUCGGGCGUAUUACAACUCAGUGUGUAGAAUAGUUUUAAAAAAUAAAUCAUCUGUACUCAUAGGUUUGCACAAAAGUUUUUAGUCAGUCUUAUCUGGAAAAAGUAAUGAUUGUGAUAUGUUGUAUUGUCAAUCAUAGUGGUGUAAGAAAAUCAAUUUAUUAAAGUAUCCUAAUAUUUUGUUUUAAAUUACUAUAUUGAUUUUUAUAAAAUACAGUAUCAAUGUAUAAUGAUUAGAUUCUGUAAUGGCUAAAGAAGUGGAUUAUGUAAGACAGUUGCUCAUUUUGUGUUUUAAAAGUGCUGUACUGCAUAAAUAAACUGUAUACAUUUUUAUUUU